CUGGACUCCAAAGCAUGACUCUGGGAAAUCAAACGGCACAAACCAGUUACUGUGUGUUCUCUGGCUGCUUCCCCAGGACAGGGUGUCCCAGGACUCCCAGCAAACUAUCACAAACUGUAGCUAUGAUGUUAUCUGUUAGUGAAGUUUUUAUCAGCUCUGUCCUCCGUCUGGUGAAAGGCAUGAUGGGAUGUCAGUCUGCUGUGACCCUCCAGGUGGAUGCUGCUCUGUGGAUCAGACACUGGCUCCUUUCGUGCUUUAUAAAGUGAGGAAUUCACCUGGGCCUACUGUUGAACGCAUUUGGAUCAUAUGAGCCACUCCUGAUCAACAAAUUCUACCUGCUGCACCUCAAACCAAGACAAGUCCACGUGAAGUAACCCUUUACACAAGCAUAGUAAUCAGAUCAAUAAAUGAACAUGUGUGCGUGUCAGUGAGAAGAAGCAAUGACUCAUGAGCUGAUCAGUUUUGACUUGCGGUGAUGAAUGAGUCGAUCAGAAUACUUGAAAGAACGAUGUCACGUGUGCACGGUCCAUUCAUGCACAUCCGGAUUUCAGGGCGUCAAUUGAGUUAAGAAAACAUAAAAGUAAAGCCUGUUUAUGCACACAACAAAGGGGAUAGUCACAGCUAAGUGCCAUAAUGUGAAAAAAAAUGAGUAGAGUUGAUUUAACAACCGCUGUUAUACAUCACAAGCUGACCUCUUGUGUCAAAAAUGUGCUGUUAAAUCAAUCAUUUCAAGUUGCACUACUCCCCGAAGGAUGAUUCGCAGAAAGAAACAACAGAGGAUCAUUCAAGAGGCAGCGACAGUGGUUCACAGAGUUUAAAGCCCAAAGCGGAUAUAAAACACAUGAAAAUGACACGAGAUUUACUUUCAGCUGCAAAAGGAUUUUCACCCUAAUCAUCACUUGUCUUAUUCCAAGAGCAUGAUGAAGAUUAAUGCAGUAAUGACUUAACUUUCUAGUUUUUGUUGUUUCAGAUUACUGAACAUGACUGUGUAGUGUGAGCAGAAUUUGUUAGUCUUUUUGCAAAAUUGUUGUUUGAUUGCUAAAUAAAAGUAUGAGUCUAAUUUCAGGAUGACUCAAAAGCUAAAUAUAGGCACACAUUUCUCAUAAAAGCCCCCAAAGAGAUGCAAGAUUCAAGAACUUUAUUGUCAUACACACGACAGAAACAGAGUGGUUACCCUGAGUGAUGAAAUUCUUAUUUUGCGAGUUCCCUUCUCACAACUGAAAUAACAAAUAAAAUGAGAUAAGAUAAAAAUGAAAUAAUAAUAAUAAAAUAUAAUAGCAUAAGAUAAAAAAAUAGUUACAAAUAAAUUCCAUGUGCAAAUGUUGGCAAUAUUGCAAUACUGUCAUAUGUAAACAGGCAAGGGAUAUGUGCAAAAUAGUGCUAUUUAUAAGAUAUUGCAGGUGACUCAGUGAUUUAGUAGCCUGAUGGCCUGUGGAUAGAAACAAAAAUACAUUCUUUAAACAGUGUGUGGCAAAUUUCAAGAUAUUUACAUUGUCAUAAAUGGAGUGAGAUAUUUUCUGCACUGUGGUGUAUCAUCGUAAAACAAACUGCUAAAAAGCUUGAUUCCUUCUGUCUGACUGAAUAUUUUCAAGCUUUUUCAUCUGACAUUGUUCUUAUUACUCCGCAAAGGAACAGCAGAGUUAUGUGAUGAUCGGCAUACGUUUGUCUGUCUGUCUGUCUGUCUGUUAGCAACAUUACUCAAAAAACAGACCAACGGAUUUGGAUGAAAUUUUCAGGGAAGCUCAGAAAUGACAUAAGGACCAAGUGAUUAGAUUUUGGCAGUGAUGCAGCUUAUAGUCUGGAUCCACGGAUUUGUUAAAGAUUUCUGUAUCAUUGCGAGAUAACGGCACGGCGUCACUGUAACCAUGACAACAAGUGAACGCUACAUCAGCUGCCUGGUGAUGAUCACAUGAUUACAAUCCUACUACAAAUCCACCGUUGAGAACUUAUCAGGACUUAUCCGUCUGAAAUGAUACAAGGAAUAAUUGAUUAAAUUGUGGGGGUGUUUCUGAGUCCUAUUAUUUCCCACCGCCCGCUACAUAUUUAGGUCACUCGAUUCUGUAUCUGUACACGUCAUUUUGUUUGGGGGUACAUCUAUAUUAAAUUCUACGGUGCGGUGAUUUCUGCUACAAAUUUUAUUCAAGAUUUCACCGUUAGGAAAUAAUAUGACUCUGCGCUCUCUGAAUGCUUUCCUUGUUGGAUUCCCGCUAACACUUAUUCCAGUUCAUCAGGUAAUAUGUAGAUUUUUUAUUGUGUUUUAUAUGCAAUUUACAAAAAAACAUAUAGCAUUGUGUUUUUUGGACAAGUAAUGCUUAAAAACACACAUAAAACUAAGGAAAUUAAAGAAACUGACUGAUUAAACAACAAUCAGGUAAUUUCUUGUCACUGUUUUUAUUUGUUCCAAAGGUUGUCUGACUUUACGUUUGUUGUUCCUCGUGUUGUCUAUCAGCUCUUAGGUCUAAAUAACAACUGACAACUGAUUAAGAAAAAAAUAUGGAGUUGAGACAUUGUAGAAACACACAUCCAGUCCAUUUAAUACAUCCUGUCACACACUCCAGCAGUAAACAAACCCACUCCUGACAAAGCCUCACUCAGUGGAAUAUGUAUAUUGUGUGGGCCGGGCUCUUGUAAAUGUUAAUCUCAGCUCAUUAACAUUAACCACUGGGAUUCUUUUCUUCUCCACAAAUCAAUAAUCCAGCCUCGUGAGAGGGCUUUUGCCGGAUUGAGCAUCUGGGGGGAGAUCUUGGGUGAGCUGAGCAUGAGGAGACAGAGAAUCAGCACAAAAAAAAUUUAAAAAAAGGCUGAUCCUGUGGAUAAAAGUGAUUUUCUCUCCUAAUUGUGGGGUAUUCUUGUGCCUAUUAGCGGGACCCGGUGGAACCUGCAGUCUGAAUAUUCAGAGGGGUGAAUAAACCGAACCAUCCGUUCAUGUGGGAGGCGACGAGGCACUAAGACCCAGUGGAGAGCAGGGGAGGCUGGGAGGCUGCUGCCCACCCGCUGCCUGUCUGCUCUCUACAGUUGCUCUGAGCGCAUGCCGGAGUCGGUACAUGAGUGUAUGAAAGUGAGCGCAUGCGAGAGAGUCCAGCCUUUGUGGUGCAUCACACUCUGGAAGACAGAAUCCCUCUCCUCCUUUUUUUUUUUUUUUUUUUUAAAUUUUCAUCUCCAUCCCUCCCUUCUGCUUCUGCUCCACCUGGAUCAGAGGCUUGGAGGGAGCUGGGAGGUGUGAGUGCUGUGUAUUUGAAGGGGGAGACGGUGGUCAGGGUGAUGACGAGAUGAAAGGGGCCAGGUGAGGAGGAGACACCGGAGCUCCCCUCUCCUCUCUCUCACUCCCACUAUCUCUCUUUCUCUGAGUGUGUGCGUGUGUGUGUGUGUGUGUGUGUGUGUGUGUGUGUGUGUGUGUGUGUGUGUGUGUGUGUGUGUGUGACGUGGUGUGUGUUUGUUGUGUGUGUGGGAGAAAGAGGGAGAAGGAAACAGGUCGGCUUUGCUCUGGCAGACUGUGAACCUGCACAGGAGGAAGCAGCACCUCUCCACACUGAGAUCUUUCCAACUCAGCGCCAUAUUUGGAGAGAGGAGGACGCCUUCGCCAAAAGUUGUUGCAUCUUCGAGGACGUGACUGAAAACUGGUGCAGUUGUCUGCAGAGCUCCAUUGUGAAGUCUAUGGGGUUCGGGGCCUGUACGGUAACAGACACCACCUCCGCCUGAGCUUCUUGGUGACACCCUACGACGGGGGAGGAUGGGUGAUGGGCCCGUGAACUUCAGCGGACUCUCUCCUCUUCAUCCCAUCCUCUCAUGGAGCGUCCUGUCACACCGAGCCCCUCCUGGAACACUUCUCUCUCGACAUUUCCAGCCUCACCGCAGCCAAACUUCUCAAACGUGACCCCGCCCUUUCCGAGCAUCCGAGGUGGGAUCGACGUGAAUCAGUCGUUGGCGCUGUGUGCUAUGCUCGUCAUGGACAUGCUGGCGGUGGUGGGGAACUUGGCCGUGAUGGUCGUCAUCACCAAAACGCCGCAGCUGCGCAAGUUUGCCUUUGUUUUCCACCUCUGUCUGGUGGACCUGGUGGCUGCACUGGUGCUGAUGCCUCUGGGGAUGCUGUCGGACCGGAUCCUGGUGGACGAGGGGCUGUGUCGGAGCUACCUCUGCCUGAGUGUAUGUCUGGUUAGUGCUGCCAUCCUCACCAUUUGUGCCAUCAACGUGGAGCGCUACUACUACAUCGUCCACCCCAUGCGUCACGAGGUGAAGAUGACGGUGGGGGUGGUGGUGAUGGUGCUGGUGGGAAUCUGGAUUAAAGCUGUUGUCAUGUCAGUGCUGCCUCUGAUGGGGUGGCUGCUCCAGGGGACCCAGAGCGCUUCGGUGCUGGUUCCCGGUCAGAGACACUGUUCCCUCCACUGGACAGGAGGCAGGACCACACGCCUGCUGUUCAUGAUCUUCUUUACUUUAAUCUAUUUCCUGUGCCCCAUGCUGAUCAUUCUGGUCGUCUACUGCAACAUGUUCAAGGUGGCCCGAGUAGCAGCCAUGCAGCACGGCCCCCUGCCCACCUGGAUGGACACGCCGCGACAACGGUCCGAGUCUGUCAGCAGUCAUUCCACCAUGGCGGCCAGCCUCAGAGGAACCGGCGCCCGCACCACCCCUCAAAGGACCUUCAGUGGAGGGAAGGCCGCCGUGGUUCUGGUGGCAGUGGGAGGCCAGUUCUUCUGCUGCUGGCUGCCAUACUUCUCCUUCCAUCUGUACUCAGCUGUAGUUUCUACCUCUCCUUCCUCACUGGCCCAGCUGGAGGACGUGGUAACAUGGAUUGGCUAUUUCUGCUUCACCUCCAACCCUUUUUUCUACGGCUGCCUGAACCGGCAGAUUCGCGAGGAGCUGGGCCGCCACCUGGCUUGCCUUUUCAAGCGGGCCGGGUCCGGUGAAGGAGAGCAGCUGCCCAGCCGAGAGGCCUCUAUCGAGGAGAACUUUUUGCAGUUCCUUCAGGGCACUGGAUGCAAUCUGGAGCCCUGCAACUCUCACAGCAGAGCCAGCCCCACGGAUCCAGAGACUGAGGGCCUUCAGGAAUCAGCUGUUCAGCAGAACUUGCCAGCUGACUUUCACAUCCCAGGGCAGAUCCUGGAGGAAACCUCAGAGUUCAUGCAGCAGCAACAGCUGAACAAUGAGCUGCAUGUAUCAGAGAACUGCUGCAAAACUGUACCAGAGCUGUAGCUGCCUCAUGUACUGUCUCUUUUGCCAUCUAAUAAUCCAAUAAAUAUACUUAGUUUUAUUCAUA